GAUAUUUGCUUAUGAUCACUGUUUCUGGUCCAUGGAUGAAUCCGUCCGAGAGAAGUAUGCAGGUCAAGAUGAUGUUUUCAAUUGCCUUGGAGAGAACAUCCUUCAGAACGCAUUUGAUGGCUACAACGCCUGUAUCUUUGCCUACGGGCAGACAGGGUCUGGAAAGUCUUAUACCAUGAUGGGCACAGCCGACCAACCUGGACUAAUCCCCAGACUCUGCAGUGGACUCUUCGAACGAACCCAGAAGGAGGAAAAUGAAGAGCAGAGCUUUAAAGUCGAGGUGUCCUACAUGGAGAUUUAUAAUGAAAAAGUCCGAGACCUUCUUGACCCCAAAGGAAGCCGUCAGACCCUGAAGGUGAGAGAGCACAGUGUGUUGGGACCCUAUGUGGAUGGACUUUCUAAACUGGCUGUCACAAGCUACAAGGAUAUUGAGUCCCUGAUGUCCGAGGGCAACAAGUCUCGGACAGUUGCCGCCACCAACAUGAAUGAAGAGAGCAGCCGGUCCCACGCAGUCUUCAAAAUCACCCUGACGCACACUCUGUAUGAUGUGAAGUCUGGGACAUCUGGAGAGAAAGUGGGCAAGCUAAGCUUAGUGGAUUUAGCUGGCAGUGAACGAGCCACGAAAACUGGAGCUGCAGGCGACCGGCUGAAGGAGGGCAGCAACAUCAACAAGUCCCUCACAACCUUGGGUCUGGUUAUCUCAGCCCUAGCCGAUCAGGGUGCUGGUAAAAACAAAAAUAAAUUUGUUCCUUAUCGGGACUCCGUUCUCACAUGGCUGCUCAAGGACAGUCUGGGGGGUAAUAGCAAGACCGCCAUGGUGGCCACUGUGAGCCCAGCCGCUGAUAACUAUGACGAAACCCUGUCAACCCUGAGGUAUGCUGAUCGAGCAAAGCACAUCGUCAACCACGCUGUGGUGAACGAGGAUCCUAACGCGAGAAUUAUCCGAGAUCUCCGGGAAGAGGUGGAGAAGCUCCGGGAGCAGCUGACCAAGGCAGAGGCAAUGAAAUCUCCGGAGUUGAAAGACCGUCUGGAAGAAUCCGAGAAGCUCAUCCAGGAAAUGACUGUGACCUGGGAGGAGAAACUAAGGAAGACUGAGGAGAUCGCACAGGAGCGGCAGAAGCAGCUUGAGAGCCUUGGGAUAUCUCUUCAGACUUCUGGAAUCAAAGUUGGGGACGACAAGUGCUUCCUGGUUAACUUGAACGCUGACCCCGCUCUGAAUGAGCUCCUGGUGUACUACUUAAAGGAGCACACACUGAUAGGGUCAGCAAAUUCCCAGGACAUCCAGCUCUGCGGGAUGGGCAUUCUUCCCGAGCACUGUAUCAUAGACAUCACGCCUGAAGGCCAGGUCAUGCUGACCCCUCAGAAGGACACCAGAACAUUUGUAAAUGGGUCUUCUGUCUCCAGCCCCAUCCAGCUGCACCAUGGGGACAGGAUACUUUGGGGAAACAACCAUUUCUUCAGACUCAACCUGCCAAAAAAGAAAAAGAAAGCUGACCGAGAGGAUGAGGAGCAUGAGACCUCCCUGAAGAACGACAGCAGUUGUGAGCACCUGGAUGCUGAUGGGGACUCCUCCAGUGAGGUGUCCAGCGAGGUCAACUUCAACUUCGAGUAUGCACAGAUGGAGGUGACCAUGAAGGCCCUUGGCAGCAACGAUCCAAUGCAGUCCAUAUUGAACAGCCUAGAACAGCAGCAUGAGGAGGAAAAGCGGUCUGCUCUGGAGCGCCAGAGGCUCAUGUACGAACAUGAGCUGGAACAGCUCCGAAGAAGGCUGUCUCCUGAGAGGCAGAACUGCCGAGGUGUGGACCGGCUCUCCUUCCACUCACCCAGUGCCCAGCAGCGCCUGAGACAGUGGGCUGAGGAGAGAGAAGCAACAUUGAAUAACAGCUUGAUGAGGCUGAGGGAGCAGAUUGUAAAGGCCAACCUGCUGGUGCGAGAAGCUAGUUACAUUGCAGAGGAGCUGGAUAAAAGAACUGAGUAUAAAGUUACCCUGCAGAUUCCAGCCUCCAGCCUGGAUGCCAACAGGAAGCGAGGCUCUCUCCUCAGUGAACCUGCCAUCCAGGUGAGAAGGAAAGGCAAAGGAAAGCAGAUUUGGUCUUUGGAAAAGCUGGAAAACAGGCUUCUGGAUAUGCGAGACCUCUACCAGGAGUGGAAGGAGUGUGAGGAAGACAGCCCGGUCAUCCGGUCCUACUUCAAGCGUGCUGACCCAUUCUAUGAUGAGCAGGAAAAUCACAGUCUAAUUGGUGUGGCCAAUGUCUUCCUGGAGACCCUGUUUUAUGAUGUGAAGUUACAGUAUGCUGUGCCAAUCAUCAACCAGAAGGGAGAGGUGGCAGGUCGACUGCAUGUGGAGGUCAUGCGGCUCAGCGGGGCCAUCGGGGAGAGGAUUGUAGGAGGCGAUGAUGCUACAGAGGUCAACUCUGAAAAGGAAGCCCAGGAGAACAGGCUGGUCUGCAUGGUUAAAAUACUCCAAGCCACAGGGUUGCCGCAGCAUCUGUGCCACUUUGUAUUCUGCAAAUACGACUUCUGGGAUCAGCAGGAGCCAGUGACUGUUGCCCCCGAAGUGGAUACCUCUUCGUCUCCCACCAGCAAGGAGCCACAGUGUAUGGUUGUGUUCGACCAUUGCAGUGAGUUCAAUGUGAAUAUCACAGAAGACUUCAUUGAGUAUCUCUCAGAUGGGGCACUGGCCAUUGAAGUAUAUGGACAUAAAAUGAAUGAUCCUCGGAAAAACCCAGCCCUGUGGGAUUUGGGAAUCAUCCAAGCAAAAACAAGGAGUCUUCGGGACAGGUGGAGUGAAGUCACCAGGAAGUUGGAAUUCUGGGUUCAGAUCUUGGAACAGAAUGAGAAUGGUGAAUACUGCCCUGUGGAAGUGAUUGCCGCAAAAGAUGUCUCAACAGGAGGGAUCUUCCAGCUCCGGCAGGGGCAGUCCCGGCGAGUUCAGGUCGAAGUGAAGUCUGUGCAGGAGUCAGGGACCUUACCACUGAUGGAGGAGUGCAUAGUGUCGGUCGGCAUCGGGUGUGUGAAAGUUCGACCACUCAGGUCCCCCAAGACCCACGAGGCCUCCCAUGAGGAAGAGGAGGACAUGGACAGCUACCAGGAUAGGGAUUUAGAGAGGCUGCGUAGAAAAUGGCUCAAUGCAUUAACCAAGCGUCAAGAAUACUUGGAUCAGCAACUGCAGAAGCUCGUCAGUAAACGUGACAAAACUGAGGAUGAUGCCGACCGAGAGGCACAGCUCCUGGAGAUGCGGCUGACGCUCACAGAGGAGAGAAAUGCAGUGAUGGUGCCCUCUGCUGGCAGUGGCAUUCCAGGGGCACCAGCAGAAUGGACCCCAGUGCCUGGAAUGGAGACCCACAUUCCUGUCAUAUUCCUGGACUUAAACGCCGAUGAUUUCAGCUCUCAGGAUAAUCUUGAUGACCCAGAAGCCGGAUGGGAUGCUACCCUGACUGGGGAAGAGGAGGAGGAGUUCUUUGAGCUGCAGAUUGUGAAACAGCAAGAUGGGGAGGCAAAGGCAGAGGCCUCCUGGGACUCCGCAGUGCACAGCUGUCCUCAGCUCAGUAAAGGCACUCCUGCUGAUGAGCGAGUGUUCCUCAUCCUGCGAGUGACCGUCCAGCUCAGCCAUCCUGCCGACAUGCAGCUGGUCCUACGCAAGAGGAUUUGUGUCCAUGUUCACGGGCGCCAGGGCUUUGCUCAAAGUCUGCUAAAAAAGAUGUCUCAUCGGAGCUCUAUUCCUGGCUGUGGAGUGACCUUUGAAAUUGUCUCCAAUAUCCCAGAGGAUGCCCAGGGAGUGGAGGAGCGAGAGGCACUGGCAAGGAUGGCAGCUAACGUGGAAAACCCAGCUUCUGCUGACUCCGAGGCCUAUAUUGAGAAGUACUUGAGGAGUGUGCUGGCUGUGGAAAACCUCCUGACUUUAGAUCGCCUUCGUCAGGAAGUGGCUGUGAAGGAGCAGCUGACAGGGAAGGGGAAGCUGAACCGGAGGAGUAUUAGCUCUCCCAGCAUGAACAGAUUGUCUGGGAGCCGGCAGGAGCUUAGCCCGUCCCACAGUCUGGGCAGCAACAAGGGCCGGUGGGAAAGUCAACAGGAUGUAUCCCAAACACUAGUUUCCAGCGGAAUAGCUUCAGGGCCUUCACCUCGCCCUGCUUCUCCCCAAAGUAACCAGUCUCCCGAUCCUGGACUGGGUGGCUUAGCAGCCUCUUACUUGAACCCCGUGAAGUCCCUGGUGCCACAGAUGCCAAAGCUGCUGAAGUCGCUCUUCCCUGUCCGUGAUGACAGGAGGGCCAGACACUCGUCUCCCCUCGCACACCAGCCCGUGCCCCGAAUCUUGGUGCAGCCAACCUUCUCAGAUGCCCGGGCAACAAGGACAGAGGAGGUUCACCGAGGCAGCCCUGUGCCUGGUGGGGCUUUGGAGUCCAUGGUGCCGACGGUGGGCCCCGCAGUAAAGAUCUGCGACAAACCUGUCAAAGUGUCUUCCUCUCCAUCUACCGUGGUGGUUACUCAAGCCCCAGAAGGGCAGGAUGGACCCCCCAGCCCCUUGAGCGAAGCUUCUAGUGGCUACUUCUCUCACAGCGUCUCUACUGCCACCUUAUCAGAGACGUUCACUCUAGGCCUCGACACCUCAGGCCCCGGCAACCAGACACCUGGGUCCCCCUCUGCCCCGAGUCAGGUCACCCCAGAGCCUGAGCUGGCUUUCCUCUCCUGUACACAGAGCCAUCCACCUGCCCCGGAGGAGCCCCAGGUACUGCCUGCCACACCUAGUCAAAGCACAGAGCUGGAGGUUCCCAGACCACCUCUUCUUUCUGAACCCACAUCUACAGUGCCCCCCACAUCCCCAUUCCGAAUCCGGAAAGUGCGGACCUCAGAGCUUAAGUCCUUCACGGGCAUGCUGGGGGGUGUCUCCUCUGGCGCUGAGGAGGACCCACUGGCUUCAGAAGAGCUCAGUAAUGCUGGGGGACAAGCCCUGGGGAGGCUGGAAGUGACAUCCGACUCUGAGGAGGCCAGCGAAGUCCCUGAGUGGCUCAGAGAGGGAGAGUAUGUUGUUGUGGGCACCAACAAGACGGGUAUUGUGAGGUACAUUGGACCCACUGAUUUCCAGGAGGGAACAUGGAUUGGUGUGGAGCUGGACCUGCCUUCAGGAAAGAAUGAUGGCUCCAUUGGCGGGAAGCAGUAUUUCAGAUGCAACCCUGGCUAUGGGCUGCUGGUGAGGCCAAGCCGGGUCCGCAGGGCUGCAGGCCCUGGGCGCAGGCGCAGUGCAGGGCUCCAGCCUCAGGGAGCCCCAGAGGCCCGCAGGAGUGCUACCAUCUCGGGCUCUGCCACCAACCUGGCCUCACUGACAGCUGCAUUGGCCAAGGGCGACCGGAGCCACAAGAACCCCGAGAACCGGAAGUCCUGGGCCAGCUGAACUGCACCUCCUCUGGUGGACACUGAUGGGAAGGGAAAGAGCUGGCAGCUCCCUGGAGGACACCCCUCCCAUGGGAGCAGGGCCAUGAAUGCUUUUUGCACGAUGCAGGGAUGGUGGACAGCCUGGUCUCCGUCCUCCCUGGGAACCUGGAAGCUGCAUUUCUUCCUCUACUUGAAGAAGGCAGGGGCCCCUCAGCUGUGCUCCUCCGGUUGGGGGUGGAAGGUUCUGGGAGCCCAGAGACUUGUGGGAUGGUAGCUGGGUAGCAGGGCUGGAGUCAGGCCAGCUCCUCCCUGCCUGCCUGAAAUGAGGGCGUCCCAGCCAGGUUUGUUGGGCUUCCCUUUUCCUUAUUCUGCUGACUUUACUAAUGUCUUAGUUUGUGUCUUGCCCUUCACACACAGGAAUUCAUUCUCCUGCCCGGGGACCAGCACCCACACCAUCCUCUGUGCGCCGGCCGGGUGCUUCCUCAGUCCCCCAACCAUGUCCCAUCCUUCUGUGGGGCACACAGGGCUUCUGGGGGACAUCUCUGCAGGUGUCCAAUCUUUACAGCAGAAAGUCUUUUCUGUUGGCUGUUCAUUUCCUAACAGGAUGCUUGACCUCUAUUUAUUUAAUUUAUUCUUUUCAAAACUGAAAUGACUCGUGAACCACAACUGCUGUCUGUCAGAGGGUGUUCGCCUAGGGCCUGCCUUGCACUGGCCUCUGGCUACCUGGAGCUGCAGCCUCUUGGUGGCUGCUGGAGGUGGCCAGCAAAUGAAGCCACCCUUGUGUUGCUUGUCUGCAGAUGCAUUGUGACCUUAUUGUCACUGGGGUGAAGGCAGACCCUGGGGUUGGACACAGCUCAGGCCAUCAACACCUCGUUUGGAUCUGCCAUGUUUCAGGGAACAACUGGGUAGUGUUUGACUCCAUGAUAAUUCCUAAACCCUGACUACACCUGGGCCAGCAGCUGGGCAGCUAGGCAGUGAGGAGACAACUGUCCUCAUUUUCCUUCCUCGGAUAUGUGCUGCCGCCAUGGUCUAUCCCAAGGCAUUACCGACCACCUCUUUGCUGGGAUGUGUGUGGCCUCUGAGUCUGUGUAGGGGGCUGAGCGGGCAGGUCAAAGCCACCCAGUCUCUGUUGUCCCAGGCCCUGCCCUAUGUCAGAAUUUACACCAGGUAUUCUUGGCAGCUUGUUGUAAGUUUUGACUCUCAGAAUCUUUGAUUUUUCAACAAGGUUUCUUUGUCUAACAGUCCUGGCUGUCCUGGAACUCACUUUGUAGAACAGGCUGGCCUCAAAUUCACAGAGAUCUGCCUGCCCCUGUGACCCUUAAGAACCACACCCAGAAAGCUUUUGUUGAGGAAUUGGUUCAGUGAGGAUUUA